GCACGCUACAAGGAUUCAAACCACCGUGCCUGCCUCCCCUCCCUCCCGCACGUCUUCGAAAUGACGAUUUUCGCAACCCUGCCCAGCCCGUCGAGGCGCGUUUGUUUGAAAGCCCCGAAUAACUCGCAUACCCCGUUGUCUUAAAUGAUUUCACCCAGCCGAUAACACCUGAGAGAGCUCCAACGCUUACCAUUCUCUUGCGAGUCUUUCGCAAUGAUGUCACUCCUUCGGUUGGUUUCGUUCGUUUCUGCAAUUAUUUUGUUCGGAGGAGCGAAAGCGGGCCCCUUGGGAUCUAUUCUCAAUCCUCUACUCGAUGUCACCGGAUCUGUGCUAUCGGGCCAGGGCAUCGUGAAUGGUGUGCUAGGUGGUCUUGGAGGCAUCCUUGGCGCGGACCAGGAAUACGACUAUGUAGUCGUCGGCGGCGGCACCGCGGGCAACGCCAUCGGCGUGCGCCUUGCCGAAGCGGGCUUUACGGUUGCUAUCAUUGAGGCUGGGAUAUUUUAUGAGUUCGGCAAGCCAGUGCUGGGCUCCACGCCCGCGGGUGCGUUCUUCGGCAUCGGCAGCUCGUUCAUUGAUGCGGUGCCGACGGUGGACUGGCAAUUCGAGACAGAACCGCAGGCGGGCGCGAAUAAUCGCCGGAUCCACUAUGCGCGGGGGAAGUGCCUGGGUGGCUCGUCUGCGCUCAACUUCAUGAUCCAUCAUCGGGGCUCCAAGGGCUCGUAUGAGCAGUGGGCUGAUGCUGUUGGGGAUGAGAGCUACAAGCUGGACGAAUUUAUGCCGUACUUUGAGAAGAGCGUUACUUUCACACCUCCUGACAAUCAAAAACGCCGCAGUAAUGCGUCGACGCAGUAUGAUUCUAGUGCAUUUUCCAAUGAAGGGGGUCCUGUCCAGGUUGGAUACACCAAUUUCGUCUCCAUAUGGGCAACGUGGUUGGAAAAGGGACUCCAGUCUGUUGGAAUGAAGCGGACGCUCGGUUUCUCCAGCGGUGAUUUGAUGGGCUACCACUACUCCCAGUCAACCAUCCGGGCAUCGGACCAGACGCGUAGCUCGUCUGCGUCGUAUGUUUAUCAGGCCAAGGCGGGAUCUACGGGCAAGAGACUCAAGGUCUACACUCAAACUAUGGUGAAGAAGAUUGUCUUCAAUGGAAAGAAAGCGACUGGCGUCAAGGCGAGCCUCAUCGGCGCUCUUCCAACAUACAACAUCAAAGCGCGCAAGGAGGUCGUCCUCUCUGCCGGUGCUUUCCAGUCUCCACAGCUCCUAAUGGUCUCCGGCGUCGGCCCUCGCGCUACCCUUGAGAAGUUCAAGAUCCCCGUUGUAUCCGCUCUCGAGGGCGUCGGCCAAAACAUGUGGGACCAUAUUCUCUUUGGGCCCAGUUACCAAGUCGCAUUCCCCACACUCGAUAAGACGCUACACGACCCACUUGCGCUGACCCAGGCCCUCCUGCAGUACACCACCAAAGCCGAGGGCCCCCUCAGCUCCAACGUCGUCGAGUUUCUCGGCUGGGAAAAGCUGCCGGAUAAGUACCGCCAGAACUUCACGCAGGCGACAAGGGAUGCGCUGAACUGGUUUGCGGACGACUGGCCCGAGGUCGAGCACAUCUCUGGCAACGGGUACAUAGGCGACUUUGCAUUCCCAGUGCUCCAGCAGCCGCUCGAUGGGAAGCAGUACGCGACGAACUUGGGCGCGCUUGUGGCGCCGCUAUCUCGGGGCAAUGUAACGAUCAAGAGCGCGGAUGCUCUUGUUCCCCCGAGCAUCAACCCCAACUGGCUGACGCACCCGGGUGAUCAGGAGGUCGCUAUCGCGUGGUAUCGCCGCAUGCGCGAGGUCUGGGACACACCGGAGCUCCGAUCCAUCCGCGUCGGCGAUAAGGAAGCAUUCCCUGGGCUUGACAAGCAGACCGACCAAGAGAUCUUGGACGUCAUCAGGUCGAGCCUUAUGACUGUAUGGCACGCGUCUUCGACCUGCAAGAUGGGUAAGAAGGAGGACAGUAUGGCGGUGGUAGAUAGCAAGGCACGUGUGUUUGGCGUGGAAAACCUGCGUGUUGUUGACGCUAGCGCAUUCCCCUUCCUUCCUCCGGGACAUCCUCAGUCAACUGUGUAUGCGCUUGCGGAGAAGAUCGCUGCGGAGAUCACGGCGGGGAACUAGACACUGCCCAGCUGGGAAGCUUUCGUAACUUAGACAUACUA